UUUUUUUUUUCCUUUGUCCUUUCUUUUUUAACCUAUAAAAAAUAACCAUCUUAUAACACAUGGCUUCAGCAAUCUUUAUUUUGGACCUUAAGGGAAAAGUGCUUAUUUCUCGUAACUACAGAGGUGACAUUCCCAUGAGUGCAGUGGAAAAGUUCAUGCCUUUGAUUUCCGAGGCUGAAGAUGAACAGAUUCCUUUACCUUGUUUCACGCAUGAAGGCAUCAAUUACUUGUACCUUAAACAUAGCAAUCUCUAUUUAUUGGCCUUGACCCGAAAGAACACGAAUGCAGCCUCCAUCAUGCUCUACCUUCAUAAAUUGACCGAAGUAUUUUCAGAGUACUUUAAAGAGCUGGAAGAAGAAUCUAUUCGAGACAAUUUUGUGAUUGUGUACGAACUUUUGGACGAGAUGAUGGAUUUUGGGUACCCUCAAACUACAGAGACAAAGAUCUUGCAGGAAUAUAUCACACAAGAUGCACAUAAAUUGGAAGUUCAGGUGCGUCCUCCCAUGGCUGUCACCAAUGCUGUGUCUUGGCGUUCUGAAGGUAUCAAAUAUAAAAAGAAUGAAGUCUUUUUGGAUGUGAUUGAAAGUGUCAAUUUAUUGGUGAAUUCCAACGGUAAUGUGUUAAGAAGUGAAGUGUUGGGAUCUGUCAAGAUGAGAUGUUACUUAUCUGGCAUGCCUGAACUUCGUUUGGGCUUAAAUGAUAAAGUCAUGUUUGAAGCAACCGGAAGAGCCAAUGCUUCAGCAAAAGCGAUUGAAAUGGAAGACGUCAAGUUUCAUCAAUGUGUCCGUUUAUCUCGAUUUGAAAAUGACCGUACAAUCAGUUAUAUUCCUCCCGAUGGAGAUUUUGAAUUGAUGAGUUAUCGUCUUCAGACGACAGUUAAACCUCUUGUUUGGGUAGAGGCAGUUGUGGAGACAUACUCUGGAUCGCGUGUUGAAUAUCUCGUCAAGGCCAGGGCUCAGUUCAAGCGUAAAAGUACAGCCAACAACGUCGAGAUCGAAAUUCCGGUACCCGAUGAUGCGGAUACACCCAAGUUCAAAUGCAGUAACGGUAACGUAUCUUAUAAGCCGGAGAGAUCCUGUUUGGUCUGGAAGAUCAAGCAAUUCCAAGGUGGAAAAGAGUUCAUCAUGCGCGCUCACUUUGGCUUACCAUCUGUACAAGCAGCCGAAGAUACAGAAAAGAAACCUCCCAUCAAUAUUAAGUUUGAAAUUCCAUAUUUUACAGUCUCUGGUAUUCAAGUUAGAUAUUUAAAGAUUGUUGAAAAGAGUGGUUAUCAAGCAUUACCCUGGGUCCGAUACAUUACACAGAAUGGAGAUUACCAAAUGAGAAUGCCAGAAUCUAUCAAAGCCACCAAACAUACUGCUGCUUCGAAUGACUAUUAGAUACCUCAUUGUUAUUUCAAUUAUUUGGGGUCAUCUUAAAUAAAUCUUUUUAUAAACAACAUGA